CAGCGAAGAACGAAUUUAUUCCGAGGAGUGCGAAUGUGUGAGUGCGCGUAAUUUUGUGCAGUCGUCGUUGCAGUCCGCGGCGACAUGGCAAAGUUAGUGGCCUUAUGUUAGAAGAACGAUUGACACUCGAAAGCAGCAAACAGAAAAAUUCCUUGUUCGGUCUCGUGUGUGUGGUUGCGCUUUUCGCCUUCGCAUUGAAAUCGGUUCCUCCAUGUCGAGUUGAAAGUGUUUUACGUUUCCAAUCUACUUCACAGCAACUUUAGCUUAGUCGAGUCGCCCUCUACGAUCAAGCAGUCUUCAUGGUUGUGUAGCGUGUGGUAAAGUGCUAAAUUAGAGUGUUCCAACAGCCCCUGGUUGGUGCCGAGGGCCUGGCAUUGUAGAAAUCACGUGUAGGAAAACGAAAACGUAUCGGACGCUGAAAGUAGCCACCAGCGGUUGGGCCGAAGGAAAGGAAAGAAAUCAUCCCCGUCUCCGUCUUCGUCACGGACGCACCGGUUUGGCUUAAUGUCUAGUGCUGAAUUGCGUGACAGUUUCGUCGAUCCCCCAGCCGCCAAAAAGCGGAAGCUGCCAUCACCGACGCCGUCGCUGACACAGCCGCCCGAGCAGCAGCAGCAGCCGCCGCAGCACACGGAACAGCCGCUGCAGCAGCCGCCGCAUUCGUCAUCGCCUAGUGAGGGCUUCGCACCAUCGUCGGCCGCAGCCGCCGCAGUAGUAGUAAUGGCGACGUCCAAUAACAAUGGCUCGGCUCCCGUUCCGUGCGAGAAUAACUCCGUCGGUGGGCAGGAAAUCGACGAGGGCCUGUACUCGCGCCAGCUGUACGUCCUGGGGCACGAUGCGAUGCGCCGUAUGGCCCGCUCGGACGUGCUGAUCUCCGGCCUGGGCGGGCUCGGCGUGGAAGUGGCAAAGAAUGUGAUUCUCGGUGGAGUGAAAUCUGUCACCCUGCAUGACACGGCGGUUUGCACGGUCGGCGACCUCUCGUCGCAGUUCUACCUGUCCGCCGACGAUGUGGCCAACGGGCGCAACCGGGCGGAGGCGAGCUGCCGCCAGCUGUCCGACCUGAACCACUACGUCCCGACCGUGGCCUACACGGGCGAGCUGACGGAGGAGUUUCUGCAAAAGUUCCGUGUCGUGGUGCUGACGCUGGCCUCGCCUACCGAGCAGCACCGGAUCGCAGAGAUUACCCGACGUCACAACAUCGCGCUCAUCACCGCCGACACGCGCGGCCUAUUCGCACAGGUUUUCUGCGACUUUGGUGUCGAUUUUACCGUGUACGAUCAAAAUGGGGCCACUCCGGGCACGGCCAUGGUUGCCAGCAUUACCAACGACGUCGAAAGCAUCGUGACGUGCGUGGACGAAACUCGCCAUGGCUUUGAAGAUGGCGAUUAUGUUACUUUUACUGAGGUUGAGGGUAUGACCGAACUGAACGGUUGUACGCCGAUGAAGAUCAAAGUGCUUGGCCCGUACACGUUCAGCAUCGGCGACACGACCAAGCUGAGCCCGUACGUGCGCGGAGGCAUUGCGUCGCAGGUGAAGAUGCCCAAGCAGAUGACGUUCAAGCCGCUGGCGGAGGCGGAGAAGGCGCCCGAAUUCAUUAUGACUGACUUCGCCAAGUGGGACCACCCGGCAAAUACGCAGGUUGCAUUUACGGCCCUCGGUCGCUACCAGGAGAAGAACGGUCGCCUGCCACGACCCUGGAACAACGCGGAUGCGACGGACUUCGUGGAGAUGUGUCGCGAGCGCGCGAAAGAGCUGUCCCUCGAGGAGCUCAACGAGUCGUUGCUGACCAAGUUCGCAAAAGUUUGCUCGGGUGAUCUCUGUCCGAUGAAUGGCACCAUCGGUGGCAUCACGGCGCAGGAAGUAAUGAAGGCCUGCACGGGCAAGUUCACGCCGAUCUAUCAGUACUUGUGCUUGGACGCAAUCGAGUGUUUGCCAGAGACCGAUCUCACCGAGGAGGAAUGCGCCCCGACCGGUUCGAGGUACGAUGGCCAGAUUGCCGUGUUCGGGCGCAAGUUCCAGGAGGUGCUGGGCAAGCUGAAGUACUUCAUCGUCGGUGCCGGCGCGAUUGGCUGCGAGCUGCUGAAGAACUUCGCCAUGAUCGGUGUUGCAUCGAAGGACGACGGCGAGAUCAUUGUCACCGAUAUGGAUUUAAUCGAGAAGAGCAAUUUAAACCGACAGUUCCUUUUCCGGCCGCACGACGUUCAGCAGCCGAAAUCGCGGGUUGCUGCCCAGGCUGUGAAACGCAUGAACGGUGACAUAAAGGUGACGGCCCACGAGAAUCGCGUCGGUCCGGAAACGGAGCGCUUUUACGAUGACACAUUUUUCAACCGACUGGACGGCGUGGCUAACGCACUCGAUAAUAUUGAUGCACGCAUCUAUAUGGAUCGGCGUUGCGUCUACUAUCGUAAGCCCUUGCUAGAAUCGGGUACGCUCGGAACACUUGGAAAUGUUCAGGUAGUUGUACCGUUCUUGACGGAAUCGUAUAGCUCAUCUCAGGAUCCUCCAGAAAAGUCCAUCCCGAUCUGCACGCUGAAGAACUUCCCGAACGCCAUCGAGCACACGCUCCAAUGGGCACGGGACACGUUCGAAGGCAUCUUCAAACAGGCUGCAGAGAACGCGGCCCAGUACAUAACGGAUCCAACAUUCAUCGAGCGUACUCUUAAGCUGCCCGGCGUUCAGCCACUCGAAGCUCUCGAGUCGGUGAAGAAAGCACUGAUCGACGAAAGGCCGAAAAACAUUGAAGACUGCGUCAAAUGGGCCCGACUGUACUUCCAGGAGCAGUAUUCGAACCAGAUCAGCCAACUGCUCUUCAAUUUCCCUCCCGAUCAGACUAGCUCCACCGGGCAGCCGUUCUGGUCGGGACCGAAGCGUCUGCCGGAGGCGAUCACUUUCGAUCCGGAAAACUCGCUGCAUUUGGACUACGUUCAUGCGGCCGCCAACCUGAAGGCGGAAGUGUACGGCAUUCCGCAGCAACGCAAUCGGGACGCUAUCCGAAAGAUAGUGGAGGCUGUUGAGGUGCCCAAGUUUACGCCACGCUCCGGCGUCAAAAUUGCCGUCACUGAUGCUGGCAUGCAGGCGGAGGAGAAUGGAGGCGGUGUAGGAGGAGAAGAGCUCGAUCCCGACCGCAUUAGCCGGCUGCAAAACGAGCUGGCCUCGUUAGGAAAGCUCGAUUUCACCAUCACCCCGCUCGAGUUUGAGAAAGAUGAUGAUAACAACCUGCACAUGGACUUCAUUGUGGCCGCUUCGAAUCUGCGCGCAGCCAACUACAAAAUCCCACCGGCCGAUCGCCACAAGUCGAAGCUGAUCGCGGGCAAGAUCAUGCCGGCCAUCGCUACCACGACGUCGCUUGUCGCUGGCUGCGUCUCUCUGGAGCUGUAUAAGCUGGCCCAAGGCUUUACCGCACCAGAACGUUUCAAGAACGCGUUCCUUAAUCUGGCCCUGCCGUUCGUUACCUUCUCCGAGCCGAGCCUGGCGAAGAAGUCGACGUACUACGACAAGGAGUGGACCCUGUGGGAUCGGUUCGAGGUGAAGGGUGAGCUGACGCUGCAGGAGUUCCUCGAUUACUUCGAUCGCGAGCACAAGCUGAAGAUCACGAUGCUGUCGCAAGGGGUCUGCAUGUUGUACGCAUUCUUCAUGACCAAGCAGAAACAGCAGGAGAGACUGAAUCUGCCCAUGUCCGAGGUCGUCCGGAAGGUGUCAAAGAAGAGCAUCGAACCGCACGUGCGCGCCCUCGUGUUUGAGAUCUGCUGCAAUGAUGAGGCCGGUGAGGAUGUGGAGGUUCCUUACGUGCGCUAUGUGCUACCCUAAGGCAAGCUUCUUUUAAACCCCGUAGCUUGCAAAUUGAAUUUCAAACAACAAACAGUACAGAAAAUAAAAGCAAAGAAACAUAAAAAAGGAAGAAAAAAAAAACAGAACCGAUAAUCUAUAGCAGCAAAAUAUAAGAGCAGGAAGAAGAAAAGGGAAUAUCUUACGCGUCAAGUGAUUCAAUCUAGGUUUUCUUAAGUGGGAGUAGUAGUUCGUUUGGACAUUUGCCACGUGCUAUUAUCGAUCGAUCGCAAAACGCCACGCGCCACACACUUCAUUAACCUGUGCACUUCUGUUUGUCUAGCCUAUAUGCUUGUCUCUGUCCAUUUAGAAAGGAUGAAAAUAACAAUCUUACAAGGAGAAACAGUAUUUAUCGACACCGAAUGAGGAUACUGUAUUCUUUCUUUCUCUCAAGAAUCAGGAGCCGUAGAAUCGCUGGUUAUGUGGAGAGAAUGUGUGUGUGUGUGUUGUGGCUGCGUUUUGAAAAUGCGUGAUCAGUUAAUCCCAUCGCGCAUCUCGUCAUACGUGGUUUGGGAAUCGGUAAUCGAAUUGCCCCAUUUUUCCUCUAGUGUGUUUUGAAUGUUUUGGACCUCCGUGUAACACUUAGUAUUUAUUUUAUUAAUAUUUGUACGCGUCUCGUGGAGGUUCCGAGCACAGCCAGGAGAGGUGACCGAAAUAUAGCGUGCGGGUGUGCGAGCGUAACGAAACAGCGGAUUUAGAGUGAUAAUCGCUCGAAUGGAUAAAAGCAAAGCUUUUUAACUUGUUUUUUCACACCAGCUUUUAAACUUCUUUUGAUCCACGGGGAUGUCACGUUUGUCCCGGAAUAGAGUCAAUGUUCAGGGUAGAAAAAAUGGGGAUGGAUGAUGGGGAAAGAGCAGUAUAUUGAGGAAGAAACUCCCCGAGUCGUUUCACCUUUUUCGUCGUAGUAUAAACUUGUGGUAGAUAAUGAGCAGUGUAGUAGCAUCAUCUCUGAGAGGAAUGCAACUUUGCGCAAGAAGCUGCAGAAUUCCCCUCAGUGGACGGCUUUGGCACAAUCAAGCUGUGGACGGGAGGUUUUAGGUAAAAGGAGAAAAAGGAAAACAGACCUAACGAGCAAGAAGUACGUUUAUCCUCUCCCCUCGAGCUGUAGAAUGAUGAUUGGAAAUGAAAAAUUCGCUGUUUAUUAAAUGUACAAGGACA